UCACUCUUCUGAGAACUAUAUUCAUCAUCUCGUCACUGUCACAGUGGUACUCUAGGGUUUUAAGGCUCAUUCCUCGUUCUCUCCGCUCCCCAAACUCUUUCAUUGAAUCGCCGAGAAAGAAGAAAACGAAAAUGGCAACUGUGAGCCUUUCCUCCCCAUCUAUUGUUAAAGCUGCAAUCCCAAACCAGUUUACGAGUUCCAUGGUGAAGGCACCAAGAUAUGUUGGGUCUGUCAAAACCAUCUCAAAAUCUUUUGGCUUGGGAUGUUCCUCCAAUCAUCGAAUGACGAUGGCAAUGUACAAGAUUAAGCUUGUAGGGCCAAAGGGUGAGGUGAACGAGUUUAAAGCCACGGAAGCUGAGUACAUUUUAGAGGCAGCUGAGGCAGCAGGAGUAGAACUGCCGUAUUGUUGCAGAGCUGGAGCUUGCUCCAUAUGUACUGCGAAGGUAGUUUCAGGCACGGUGCAUCAACCGGAUGCUAUUUAUCUCGAGGAUGAUCAAAUUAAGGAGGGUUAUAUGCUGACUUGUGUUUCAAAGCCUACAUCAGACUGUGAGAUUCACACUCACAAGGAACUUGAUCUUUAUUCUCCAUCAAAAUGAAGUUGAACUUUUUACCAGUUAUUUUGGGGGGUGAAGAAUGUGUUUGGGGUCUGGGAACUUGUUGUAUGAAACUCUCUUUUUAGUAUGAUUUUGGUAUCAAUGAGAGUUUUAGAUGGCUGCCAUGGGCAAUAAGUU